GUUUAUUUGAUUUCAUGGAUCUACAAUGCCAAUAAUAUUAUCGAAGUGUUUAAUUUUUCUAGAAGCUAUCAUAAUAAGUGACUGUGCUCCAAAACUUGGCCCAUUAAUGAUUGAUCCAUUACUUAUAGAAGCCAACGAAACCUUAGCUGUAUCGAAUUAUGAAAUAAAUUUAAAUAAUAAUACAAUAAAAAGAAAUAUACAAAGAAGUGUUAAAGAAAACAGUAAAGAAGUUAAAAAAAAGUCUUGCUUGGGAUACGAAUAUGAUGAAACGAAAUGCAGACAUGUGAAUAGUAGAAUACUCUGCGGUUACAAUAAGAAUAUAGGAGAAAUAAAAAGAAAAGAUCAAUUUAUUGAUUUGGGUAAUGGAUGUCGAAUCCAUAGGGAUAGAAUAGAAUGUGGAUAUAUUAUUGGACCAUUUAAAAGUUUUAGAUGGCCUUCUGUAGACAGUAGUGUACAUAAAGAAUUAAAUCUUAUAACCACAGGGGCAUCUAAACAGGUUAAAGAAAAUAAAUCCCUAAAAAAAAUUUUAAUAGAAGAAAAUAAAGAAUCGGAAAAAAUAAUAACAGAAAAAUCUAACCUAGCAUAAUAUUUCGUCAACUUUAUUAAAUGCAUCUAAUAACAGAGAAACAAGGUUUUUAUCAAAAUUAAUAAGCUCCUCUACAAGUACAGUAACAUCUAAUCCAACAGUUAGACCUAAUGAAGAAAUCAUUACUACUAAUGCACCACUUCGAGUAUCAAGAUAUGUUAAAAAACAGACUAUAUACUUUGUAUCAUGCAAAUACAUUACAUACAUAGAUAAUUACAGAUAUAUAAUUAAUGA